AUGAGGCCAAUACUACUUUCCGGGCAUGAGCGUGCUCUGACACAAGUAAAAUACAAUUCCGAUGGAGACAUCAUCUUCUCCGUCUCGAAGGAUCACGUCAUUUGCGCAUGGUUUUCCGCCAACGGUGAACGCCUGGGUACCUACCAUGGGCAUCAGGGAGCGCUCUGGACAGUCGACGUCGACUCGAGGACUACGCUACUUGCCAGCGGAGGCGCCGACAAUACUCUGAGACUAUGGGAGGUUAAGAGCGGGAAAUUACUGAAGACAUGGGACUUCCCUACCGCCAUCAAGCGUGUUGAAUUCUCUCCAGACGGAACGCAGCUUCUCGCUGUGAUGGAGAAGCGUUCCGGACAUCUCGGAGCCAUCCACGUCUUUGACGUCAACCCGGAUCCUGAAGGCGAACAAACCAACGAGCAAAGUCUACGGAUUGUUUGCGACGAGAGCAAGGCAACUGUCGCGGGCUUCAGUUAUCUUGCCAAGUAUAUCAUAGCAGGGCAUGAAGAUGGCUCGGUGACAAAAUACGACGCAAAGAGUGGAGAGAUUCUACACAACAUUCAAGUACACGAGGACGACAUGCAAAUUACGGACUUGCAAUGGGCUCCCGACCGAACCUACUUUAUCACAUCUUCGAAAGAUAAAACUGCCAAACUGGUGUCAACAAAUGAACUCGAGGUUCUCAAAUCGUACACGACCGACACUCCUCUGAACAGCGCGGCCAUUACACCCGUGAAGGAUUAUGUAAUUCUCGGCGGAGGUCAAGCUGCAAUGGAUGUCACAACCACAAGUGCUCGACAGGGUAAAUUCGAAGCCAGAUUUUACCACAAGAUCUUCAUGGAGGAGAUUGGACGCGUUAGGGGACAUUUCGGUCCAUUGAACUACGUGGCGGUGCACCCCAAAGGAACGGGAUAUUGCAGUGGAGGGGAAGAUGGUUACGUGCGGGUCCAUCACUUUGAUAAGCCCUACUUCGAUUUCAUGUAUGAGGUGGAACGAGAGCAGGCCCAGGCAAGCCUAUGA